AGUUACAGAUUUAGAAAAACGCUUUUCUAGGGGCUUUGAAGGAUUUAUUAUAAUAUUUAGCUAUGCUAAAUUAUUGAAGUGACGUUUUAAGACUCAAUAAAUCACUAUAAAACGUUUGUACGUUUGUAUCAAUCAAUAUUAAGAAUGCGAUCAAUAGCCUAAAAAUGUCAUCGUAUGAGAAAUUGAAACUUCUUAUCUGGAAGAAUUUUUUAUUACAAAAAAGACACAAAUGGCAAACUAUUUUCGAAAUAGCUUCACCUGUGAUAUUUUCAUUGUUUUUAAUACUAAUAAGAUGUCUUGUAAAUCCAAGUGCAAAACCAGAUAUUGUAUAUCAACCAUUUCUCCCAACUUACUUCAAUAUAAGUGGCAGAACAUUAGGCAAUCUUACCACAGCAAAGAGAGAAGGAACACUAGCAUUUUCACCUGAAAAUCCACUAACACGGAAAGUAACAGAAGAUGCAAUGGCUAUGGUUGCGCUUGAUAAUCUCAAUGGCCUUUUGGCUCUAUUGUUUGAUACAAAAAUGUUACCACAGCCAAAAGGUUUUAAAAAUUCAAGUGAUUUAGAGAAAGCCCUAACUCAGCCCAAUGUUAUGAACCACAUUUUGGUUGGCAUUCAAUUUGAUGACAAUAUGGCAAAUGCAACGAGUUGGCCCGAUGAUAUAUCUGUUACACUGAGAUUUCCUGCUGUGAUGAGAACUCCUAUGGUAGAACAUCCAUUAAGGGCUAGUUGGAGGACUAACUUGCUAUUUCCUGUGUUUCCCAGACCGGGUCCUCGGGAACCAGAUGAUUUAUAUGGAGGGAAACUUCCAGGUUAUUCACCAGAAAUGUUCUUAGCAGUCCAACAUGCUGUAUCGCAGGAAAUAAUAAAGCAAAAAUCAGGAAAAUCAAUCAAUACAAAAGUAUAUCUUCAACGUCUACCUCAGAUUGCAUAUAGAGAUGAUGAUUUGUUAAUAGCUUUAGAAAGAUUUAUAUCUAUGAUAAUCAUGUUAUGUUUUGCGUACAGCUUUGUUAAUACAGUUAGAGUUGUAACAGCCGAGAAAGAGUUACAACUAAAGGAAACAAUGACAGUUAUGGGGCUUCCCUCAUGGCUACAUUGGCUUGCAUGGUUCAUCAAACAAUUUUCUUUUCUAUUUAUAUCUGUUAUUCUUAUGGUAAUAUUAUUUAAGACUCCAUUCAACUCAACAGCAGCUGGAGACAAGUAUGCUGUUCUGACAUUUACACCAUGGUCAGUUUUGUUGUUUUUUAUGGUGCUGUUUGUAAUAGCCUCGUUGGCAUUCUGCUUCAUGGUCAGUGUUUUCUUUUCAAGAGCGAACACCGCCGCGUCAUUUAUGGGUCUUGCGUGGUUUUCUACCUACUCUGUGUUCAUGCUGACUCAAGUCCUAUAUGAAGAUAUCAGUUUGUCCACUAAGCUUUUGUUGAGUUUAAUAUCUAAUACGGCCAUGGGAUAUGCAUUUCAAAUGAUAAUUAUAUGUGAAGGUACUUCUAAAGGGUUACAGUGGAAUGAGUUUUUUACUCCGAUAUCCUACCACGACCAAUUUCAGCCAGGGCAUAUAGUUCUCAUGCUGAUACUAGAUACAAUACUCUAUAUGUUGAUAGCAAUGUACGUAGAGAAAAUUAGGCCUGGACUGUACGGAGUGCCAUUGCCUUGGUACUUUCCUUUCACCAAAAACUUUUGGAUGCCCAAUAAAAAGAAAACCGCAAGAAUAACCAAAAAGGACGGGAUUGACACAGAAUAUAACGAUGCUCUUUUACAAGUCGUCCACGAUGAAGAACCAAAAGGUGUUCCCAUGGGUAUCUGCAUAGAGAAUCUCACCAAAAUAUACAAAGGUCGAAAAAAGGCUGUAGAUAACUUGAAUCUCAGAAUGUACGAGAAUGAAAUAACAGUGUUAUUAGGUCACAAUGGCGCCGGAAAAACAACCACCAUUUCUAUGCUGACAGGUAUGAUUCCACCCACGUCAGGCUCCGCUUCAAUUAACGGGUACAAUAUUGUGACCGAAACGGAGCUUGCUCGCAAAUCGCUUGGUAUUUGCCCACAACACAACGUCCUCUUUCCGGACCUCACUGUCGCCGAACACAUUAUAUUUUAUUCACGGUUAAAAGGUGUGCAUAAGAACAAAAUCCAAGAUGAGGUCGACCAUUUUGUUAAGCUUCUUGAUUUGGAAGCUAAGAGAGACGUUGUGUCAAAUAACCUAUCGGGCGGUCAAAAGCGUCGAUUGUCAGUUGGUGCCGCUAUGUGCGGCUCUUCGCGCGUAGUUUUACUGGAUGAACCGACUUCAGGGCUGGAUCCCGCUGCAAGGAGGUCCUUGUGGGACUUGCUACAAAAAGAAAAGAAAGGACGAACGAUGAUCUUGACUACGCACUUCAUGGACGAAGCUGACGUAUUAGGCGACAGAAUCGCCAUCAUGUCCGGUGGGCGCUUGCAAUGCAUCGGAACUCCUUACUUCCUUAAAAAGCAUUACGGUAUCGGCUACAAGCUCACCAUUGUGAAGACUGAACAGUGUAACGUUGAGAAUGUGACGAGUUUCUUUAAAAGCUUUGUGCCGGAUAUCAAAGAAAACACUAAUAUAGGCUCUGAGUUGACAUACAUAUUGUCCAAUGAACAGGUUAGUAAGUUUCCUGACAUGCUCAAGGAAUUUGAAGAAAAACGACAGUCUAUGCAUGUGUCCAGCUAUGGUCUAUCGGUUACUAGCCUCGAAGAAGUCUUUAUGAAAGCUGGUGUAGAAGAUCAUUCGGAAGUGUCUUCGGGUAAAAAACACAAUCACGUCGGUAUGAACGACUGUGCAGUUGUACCUAUAGAAGCACAUCAAAACAAUAUAGUAUCAAACGAACCGAUACAAAAAGUCAGAGGACUACGAUUGCUCAGAAAUCAUAUAAAAGCAAUGUUCCUAAAGCUCAUUUACAACACAAUGAGGAAUAAACUUGCAGCCCUUAUUCAGUUCGUUACUCCUAUCAUUAACAUAACACUAUCGGUAAUAAUAGCUCGGUCCUGGAAAUUCUUAUCACAAUUGCCGCCAUUAGAGUUGAGCUUAGAGAAUGGUUAUAGAGCAACGGAGACUUUAAUGUCUCAAGGUAUGAAUUUAACUGAGGGCAGUCUAGAAAACAAAGCCAUGUUAGCAUACAAGGAUUACUUCAAAUCCUCCACGAAAGCUGGAAUGAAGAUCACUGACUUGGGUACAAUGAAUUUGGGAAAAUUUUAUAUGAAACUCUGUGAGGCAGACUUGUCUCGUGUGCGCUAUGAAAACCUGAUAGGUGCCACAUUCGCCCCGCAUCGCAUAACGGGUUGGUUUAGCAAUUUUGGAUAUCACGACUCUGCCAUCUCGCUCGCACUCGUAAACAACGCAAUAAUGCGUGCUCUGUCACCCGGCAGUUCCUUGCGCAUUAUAAAUCAUCCUCUACCUUAUUCGAUAGAAAAUUUGGUUAGGAUCAUGGCAACAGGGAGCAGUAUGGGAUUUCAAUUUGCAUUCAACAUAGGAUUUUGCAUGGCUUUCGUCACAUCCUUCCUGGUCCUUUUUGUUAUAAAGGAGCGCAUAAGCGGUGCGAAGCUGCUUCAACGAGUGUCAGGCGUGCGUCCGGCCGUGAUGUGGGGUAGUGCCUUAAUAUGGGACUGGGCGUGGCUGUUCUUAGUGUACCUGUGCAUUAUCCUGACUCUCGCAUGCUUUCAGGAGAAUACGCUCUCAACCCCGGAAGAAUUAGGGCGUGUUCUCCUAGUGCUAAUGGUGUUCUCGCUGGCGACUAUACCAUUACACUAUUUGGCGUCCUUUUACUUCGAGGCCGCUGCCACUGGAUUCUCAAAAAUGUGUUUCAUGAACAUUUUCUGCGGGUGCAUGCCAUUUCUUAUAACUGAGGUGUUGCGGUUGCCUGAAGUAGGCAGCCCCUACUAUGCGCAUAUAUUUGAUUGGAUAUUUUCGACCUUGCCCAUUUACUGCAUAAGUCGAAGUUUAAGGGACAUGAGCGUGUCGUCAUUCUCGAUGCUGGCGUGCGACGGGCUGUGCGAACAGUUCGUGAACAUCGACAACUGCACGCGGCACACCAUCUGCCAGCACCUCAACAUCACGGUUUGUUGUAUUGAGGACAACCCAUUCUUAAAGUGGAGUGAACCGGGCAUUGGCCGCUAUUUGUUUAUGAUGGCGCUAGUGGGUGUAAUCGCAUUCACAAUUCUGCUUAUUAAGGAGUACGAAGUUUUGAACAAGGUAUUCUAUAAAGAAAGUCCACACAGACCACCCGCGGUAGACUCAACAGAAGACAGCGACGUAGCAGCCGAACGUUCUUUCGUACAAGAGCUCACCCGAACGGAGAUCGGACAGCAAAGUCUUGUCUGCAGGGAUCUCACUAAGUACUACAAGGAAUUCCUAGCAGUAAAUAGAAUCUCUUUUGCGGUGCACAAGGGCGAGUGCUUCGGGCUGCUGGGCGUGAACGGCGCGGGCAAGACGAGCACGUUCCGCAUGCUGACGGGCGACGCGCGCAUCUCCUGCGGCGACGCCUUCGUGCACGGCCUGCCCAUCAAGUCGCGCCUGCAGGACGUCUACCGCCACAUCGGUUACUGUCCCCAAUUCGACGCACUGUUGGACAAUCUGACGGCAAGAGAAACACUUCGAAUUUUCUGUUUGCUACGCGGCAUCCCAGUGAAAGUUGGAUCAACCAGAGCCUUGCAUUUGGCCGGAAUGCUCGGCUUUACAAAACAUUACGAUAAGAAGAUUUACGAAUGCAGCGGUGGCACUAAAAGAAAAGUAAGCACCGCACUGGCUCUACUGGGUGACUCGCCACUUGUUUUCUUGGACGAACCGACUACAGGAAUGGAUCCGGCUUCGAAGCGGCUUGUAUGGUCCGCCAUUAACGAGGCGGUGAUAGCGGGUCGCAGCGUCGUGCUCACGUCUCACAGCAUGGAGGAGUGCGAGGCGCUUUGUUCGCGUCUCACUGUGAUGGUCAAUGGACGCCUCUUCUGCCUCGGUCCAUUGCAGCAUCUUAAGAGCAAAUUCUCGCAAGGUUAUACGCUUAUAGUAAAAUGCAAAUCCGGUCCAGACAGAGACAAUAAUGUUGCCAGCAUUAACCAGUUUAUAAUAGAAAAUUUCAAGGAAGCGAAACUAAUUGAAACAUACCUGGGUAUCAGCACAUACUACGUAAAAGAUACCAACUUGCCGUGGUGGCGCAUAUUUCACAUAAUGGAGGAAGGUCGCCAGCAAUUUCCUAUAGAAGACUACUCGGUCGCACAAACCACGCUGGAGCAAGUGUUCCUCGGUUUCACGAGAAUGCAAGGUAACAAAGAAUAAUACUCAAUAGUUAAAAAUUCAUCGCACUUCAACAGAAGUUGACUCACAGGUCACAGGUACAAAUAUUUUUACAAGUUUUUGCUUUUACUGUUUUGUUAUGUAAAGCGAAAAUCAUAUAUCGAGUUUCUUUUAUUUUUACGUUUAAAAUAUAUUUUUUACGAAAUAAUAUCGAAUAGUAAUCAGUUUUAGUAUAAAUUUAGUUAAUUUUUGUAUUACUUUUAUUGUUUACGAUUUAAAUAGACAAUACUUAAUAUGUGUUGCGUAUUUGCGUACGCAUUAUGCCAUAAAAUUUUAUAUAACUUAAAACGGUGACUGAGAUAAUAUUAUCAAACACUCCUAAAAGACCUCGUUUAUAUGAAUCUCUAUGAUAUAAUAGCUGAAUUUUAAUAGAGUAUUUACGCUAAAAGUUUAACUCAACUUAUCUAGUACUUACAGAUGUGUAAAACUCAAUGUUAAUUAUUUUGUAUUGGUGUUUCAUGUUUAGGCGUGUAUUUGGAACAAUAUAUGUAUUAGUGUUGUUGACAAGAUUUACUGUAAUUGACGGAAUUAAAAUUAAUAUGGAUGUACUCAAAUUAAUUGAACAAUAAAUAAAAUAAUAUAUUUGUACUAUUCGUUUUCUAUAAAAUAUAACUUGAUAUGCAUUACAGUUCCAAUCAGUUACAAAAGGAAGGUUGUCUAUUAAUAAAAUGAUCUAUGAAAAUAAUAACUUUAAAUUAGGUAAUUAAUAAAUAGUCUUUUUCGAAAUAAAAACUAUGGUCUAUACGAGAUAGAGUAUGCGAAUAUACUGUAUGUGAUUUUUAUUGGUGAAUGUAGGUAAAUAAAAGGUACCCAAAGGAUCAUGUAAUUAUUUGUUACAAAAAAUAUAUAAUUAGUAAAUAAACAGUUAUAGUUCUGAACCGUAAAGCGUAUCAAUGUAUAUUUCGAUUGUACUAGCAAAAAUGGUAGCUAACUUUCAAGACUGAAAGUCCAGUUCGCCUAUCAGCCGUUUUUAACAAUACUUUUUUAUAAAGCUUUAUGAAUGGCUCGUAACUGAAAGCCAUAUUAAACUGAAUUUUGUAUUUAAUUUAGAAAAAUAUAGCGUAUUAUUGAAUGUAUUAUAUUUUAUGGUACUUAUUUAGCAAAAGAUAUGGUGCUUUAAGAAUGGAUGCUCAGAUGCUGGUAAGUAGUUUAAUUGAACUGCGUUACAUAUUAAAAAUGUACUAAGUAUGAUUAUGAAGUAUUUUAUUUAGCAAAUCAAUUCUUUUUAGUUAUAUGAGGGCUAAUUGGCAAAUAUAUUUAUUAGACGUUUUGAUUCAAAGAAGUCGGACCAAAUCAAAAAUUAUAUUUUAUUUGACGCAAAUAUUAUUCAUUGUUACCAACCCUGUGAUACGAAGAUUUCACGGGUGGAAAUUAUUAAAAAAAUUUUAGUAUACUCCUAAAUAAAUAUCAAUUUAAUUGUAAUUUCUUACAAAAAUAGCUACUUUUGAAGUACGUCUUUGUAAUAUUUUAAAUCAAAACGCUUUAAAGCAUUGCUUAUUUAGUGUUUAAAUAGUACAAUUAUUGUGACUGUAAAACGAGAUCAAUAGGUAAAUAUGAAUAUGGCUGUCUUAUUAGGUACACCAUUAAAAUUAUAUGUUUACUGUGUGUAAUGUUUUCGGGUCUUUUCAUGUUUGCAGUGAAGUAUUAAAAGGUUUAUCUCGAAUUGAGAAAAUUUACCAUAAUGCAAGGAUUUUUUGUUGUCGCGCUAUGUCCGCACGACGUACAUAUAAAUAUAAAAAUUCACGAAAUCGCCAUUCCGUACUCGUACAAAAGAGAAGGAAAAUACAAAUACGAGAAGGAAUAUGUAUAUUUUUCUUUAAUUUUUUUAUUUUCAUUAAUUUUGCUUGCUAGAUCUCUAAUAACGGCGGUAUAUAUAUGACGGUACGUAUAAACGUAAUCUGAGACGAAGCAAGAUUUAAUGAAGCCUUUAAGAAAAAAAAAUAUAAAAAAGCGUUUAAUAUUACCGUCGUAUAAAAUAUAUUCAAAACUUAUAAGACUUGUCAAUUUUUAUAAGUUAACUGAUAAUAUGAAUAUGAAUUAUAUUUUACAAUGUAUCAAUAAUACUGAACAGCCAUAUUCAUGUUCGAUUAAAACAGUACUUGUGUAAGCACAAACAUUCAAUGUAUUGUCAGUUUAUAUGACUUAAUUUAAUAACGGAAUAAUUAUUUGUGAUACAAUUUGUGAUCAAUUUGUUCGCCGCUAAUUGCCAUGCAUAGUUUUUCUCAGUGUUUAUUUAUAAGAUAACUUUCACGCUUAUUAUAAGAUUUUAUGUUCCUAAUGAAAUGGCUAAAGCCAUGUGUCACAAUAUUAUGCCAGUUAUUAAUGUAUUUCUGUAUGUACAUUGUACAGUAUUAUUACUUGACAACUCAGUAUGAAAUUUUUGAAUCUCCGCACUCGACUUAAAAUAAUUUUAAGAUUGUUUUGGUUCUUAAGUUGUACACUAAUGGCUAUAAUGUGAUACCUGCCAGCAAUGUUACUUAUUUCUGCAUCUGUACUUUUUAAGAAGUGUUCGUACAUACAGCUCGUAUUAUGUAUCUUUGUAGGUUUACAAAACUUUUAAUAAAAUAAAAUGGUUCUUUACC